AUGACUAGAAAGAAGGUAAAACUUCACUACAUAAUCAAUAAAUCCAACAGGAGGGCAUCCUACAACAAAAGGAAAACUGGUUUAUUGAAGAAGGUUAAGGAAAUCAGCACCCUUUGUGGGGUAGAAGCAUGUGUCAUAAUCUAUGGUGAAAAUAGUGCUAAACCAGAGGUUUGGCCGCCUGGUCUAGGAACACGAAAUGUGUUACGCAUGUUUCACGGUUUUUCUGAACUUGAACGAAACAAAAAGAUGAUGGAUUUGGAGGGAUUCUUGAAGAAAAGCAUAGAGAAGUCCCAGGAGCAGUUGGCAAAGCAAAUUUUGGAGAACAAGAAGAAUAGAUUUUCCAUUUUCAUUGAUGAAGCUCUUAGUAAUCAAAAAUUUAAUACUGAUCUCGUGAAGAUCAAUGAAUUCAAUGAUCUGACGGCAUUUAUUGAUAGCAAUAUCAAGGAAGUCGAAAAAAGGUUGAAUUCAAUGAAUCUUGAAGAAGAAGAGUAUUAUGGUAAUGGAAUUGAAGCUAUUCCUGAAGUGGACCAGCAUGAUAAUAUUGGAAAUGCACAAGAGCUGGUGAAUAAGGAAGAGAUGCAAGCUAAUAUCAAUGGUUUGGAUAAUAACAAGGAUUAUGAUAUCUAA